AUGGCAGAAACAAAGAGGUUUGCUGUAGUGACAGGGGCAAACAAAGGGAUUGGUUUUGAGGUAUGCAGGCAGCUAGCUUCACAUGGAAUCACUGUGGUCUUGACUGCUAGAGAUGAGAAAAGGGGUCUUGAUGCUCUUCACAAGCUCAGAGAAUCUAGUGGCUUUCAGGAUGAUCUUCUGCUAUUUCAUCAGCUUGAUGUGGCUAAUCCAUCUAGUGUCGCUUCCCUCGCCGAAUUCAUCAACAAUCAAUUUGGAAGGCUUGAUAUAUUGGUGAACAAUGCAGGAAACUCUGGCGUCCAAGUAGAUGUUGAUGCAGUUAAAGCUGCUGCAGAAGUGUCACUAGAAGCUCAAUGGGAAGUAAUGAAGAGUACAAUGACUAGCUCUUACGAGUCGACGCAAGAAUGCUUGGAAGUAAACUAUUAUGGUGCCAAAAGAAUGGUUGAAGCCUUUUUACCACUUCUAAAGUUUUCUCAGUUGCCAGUAAUUGUCAAUGUUUCGUCUUCUGCUGGCAGGUUGAAGACUAUUCCCAGUGAACGGGUGAAAGGCAUACUCAGUGAUGUUGACAACCUUACAGAGGACACAGUUGAUGAAUUGAUGAAUGAAUUUAUGAAAGACUUCAAGGAAGGUGCCCUCGAAGCCAAUGGUUGGCCUGUUCUCUUGUCAGGUUACAAGGUCUCAAAAGCAGCCAUGAAUGCAUACACAAGACUUCUGUCCAAGAAGCAUCAAAACAUCAAAGUCAAUUGUGUCUGUCCUGGAUUUGCCAAAACUGAUAUAAACUUUAACACAGGCAUCUCUACUGCCGAAGAAUGCGCCGGAAAUGUUGCCAAGGCAGCUCUGCUGCCAGAUGAUGGUCCGUCUGGCUUGUUUUUUGUUUCUGGUGAAGUUUCUUUUUUCGAUUAGAUUGACAUAUUCAUAAGCAAUGUACCCAUAUCUCUAGUCUCCACCCUUUUGCUUUUGUAAGACCAGUAAAGUAUAUCCUUCGUGUGCAGAGACUACCGAGGAUCUUUACAGUCAUGACCAAGAAAUUAUCAUCUUUGGUGUUAUUUGAUAGCAUGUGCUACUGGACUGAAACAUGAAUCGAGAAUUGGUCAAUCUAAGGGAACACAAGCAAAAUUAAUUGCUAGCACAGUUCUGCAUACAAUGAUCUGAACUAUAUAUAUUAAGCGACGAUUAAG